AUGGCUCCCUUGAUUCUGUACCAUUUCCCGGGCUCUCCGCCAUCGCGAUCGGCUCUGCUUGCAUUAAGAAAUCUGGAUCUUGAUGCUGAGGUUAAAAUAGUGAACCUGUUUGCCGGUGAACACCUGGCCGAAGAAUUCAUCGCCAUCAAUCCGGACCACACCGUACCGACGCUCGUCGACGAGGACUACAUUCUGUGGGAAUCGAAAGCGAUCAUAACGUACCUGGCGGAGCAGUACAAGCCGGGCUGCUCGCUCUAUCCGAACGAUCCGAAAAAGCGUGGCCUCAUCAACCAUCGGCUGUACUACGAUUCGGGCACCCUGUUUGUGGCACUGCGGGACGUACUGAUGUCGGUGUUGCGUGCCGGUGCAACCGUUAUCGCACAGGAAAAGAAGGAUAACGUGCAUAAGGCGCUGGCGAAGCUCGAAACGUAUCUGGACGGGUGUGAUUGGAUUGCGGGCGAUGAGUGUACCUUGGCCGAUCUGUGCGCGUUAGCUAAUGUGGCUACGUUGAAGCAUGUGGGCGUUGGGUUUGAUGCGUAUCCGAACAUUAACGGUUGGUACGAGCGUUGUCAGGAGUUGCCGGGAUUUGAUGAGAAUGAUGAGGGUGCAACCUUCCUCGGGAAUGCCGUCAAGUCGAAGCUGGAGGAAGCAUUCUAG